ACGUGAGCUGUGGGGAAAAGGCAGGGGCGGCUUCUAGGUGUUGCCGCUGCCGCUGCUGCCACAGCCACCACCACCAGCCACCACCACCGUCACCACCGCCACCGCCGCCUUGGAACCCGGGCCUGGGGGGCGGUGGGGCCGCGCAUGGAGCCCCCGCCCCCCGGAGCUGCCAACGCUGCCGCUGCCCUAAGCACAGACUCUUGGCUCUGAGCCAUCUACCCUCCAGGUACCCCUGGGAUGGCGUGAACACUACUCCAACGAUGGACCCUUCUGUGACGCUGUGGCAGUUUCUGCUGCAGCUGCUGAGAGAACAAGGCAAUGGCCACAUCAUCUCCUGGACCUCACGGGAUGGUGGUGAGUUCAAGCUGGUGGAUGCUGAGGAGGUGGCCCGGCUAUGGGGACUGCGCAAGAACAAGACCAACAUGAAUUAUGACAAGCUCAGCCGGGCCUUGCGGUACUACUAUGAUAAGAAUAUCAUCCGCAAAGUGAGUGGCCAGAAGUUCGUCUACAAGUUUGUGUCCUAUCCCGAGGUUGCAGGGUGCUCCACUGAGGACUGUCCACCCCAGCCUGAGGUGUCUAUUACCUCCACUGUGGCAAAUGUGGCCCCCGCUGCUGUACAUGCCGUCCCUGGGGAAUCUGCCUCUGGGAAGCCAGGAACACCCAAGGGUGCAGGAAUGGCAGGCCCAGGUGGUUUGGCGCGAAGCAGCCGGAACGAGUACAUGCGCUCAGGCCUCUAUUCCACCUUCACCAUCCAGUCCCUGCAGCCACAGCUACAGCUGCCCCUGCAUCCGAGGUCCAUCUCAGUGCUUUCCAAUACAGCCUCAGCAGGAGCAGCAGUGCCCCCUUCGGGGAGCAGGAGCACCAGUCCAAGCCCCUUGGAGGCCUGCCUAGAGGCCGAAGAGGCUGGCCUGCCUCUGCAGGUCAUUCUGACCCCGCCCGAGGCCCCGAACCUUAAAUCAGAAGAGCUGAAUGUGGAGCCCGGGUUGGGCCGGCCACUGCCCCCAGAAGUGAAAGUAGAAGAGCCUAAGGAAGAGUUCAACACUGCAGCCAGUGGGGAGGCGGGGUUUGUGCCGGAACCCCCUAGGCCCGGGCGGGAAGUCCCUCCUGCAGUUGUUAUGGAGACCGCAGCACCCUUGGGCAGCCUCGGGGCUUCCACAGCUUCCAGCACAGAGAUCCCCCAGCCUCAGAAGGGCCGGAAGCCCCGGGAUCUGGAGCUUCCACUCAGCCCUAGCUUGCUAGGUGGGCCAGGACCCGAACGGACUCCAGGAUCGGGAACUGGCUCCGGUCUGCAGGCGCCUGGGCCGGCAUUAACGCCAUCCCUGCUACCUACGCACACAUUGACCCCGGUGCUGCUGACGCCCAGCUCGCUGCCCCCCAGCAUUCAUUUCUGGAGCACCCUGAGUCCCAUUGCUCCCCGUAGCCCGGCCAAGCUCUCCUUCCAGUUUCCAUCCAGUGGCAGCGCCCAGGUGCACAUCCCUUCCAUCAGCGUGGAUGGCCUCUCCACCCCCGUGGUGCUCUCCCCAGGGCCCCAGAAGCCAUGACUACCACGACUACCACCACCACCACCACCACCACCUUUUCUGGGGUUACUCACACCCUGAACUUCUCUCCAGCCAACUGUCUCAAGAACAGACUCGUGCUAUAGUCAUGGUGGGGUGGGGAUUCUUAGGAAGAAAGAUUUCUCAAUAAUUUUUCCAUAGAAAGAUUAUCUAUUCUCUAUUCUUGGUCAGUCUCCCAGUGGCCGCACUUAUACAUCUCCUACUGCAGUAGUGGGGAUGGUUUAUUUAUUUAUUUUUUGAUGGCCACUGGGAGGAGCCUGGCCCAACUCUUUUCGGGGCAGUGGUGAGGACAUCUCCAGCUUCACAUUUUGUCCCCCAAGAUGAGACAGUUGGGGUCUGGCUUGAGAAGGACCUUUCUUUAUUUAUUUCUCAGCCUGCCCUUGGGAAGCUGAGGGAGCCUUGUCUCCAUUUUGGGGUGUGGGUAGAAGAGCUAGCAUGCUGUGGUUUCUUAUUCCUGGCUGUCCCCAAGGGUCCAGGAAGAAUUUGUGCCAUUAAAAUGGUUUUGGAGUCUUGACCAAGUCAGACUCACCCUUGGAAUAGCAAUUCUCACCACCACCCCCCAGCCUUUUUCUCAGACAGCCUGUCCUUUAUCAGCCACCUUUUUGGCCUGGGAUGAAUGCCCCUUUUAUUCUUCUGCCCCUGAGAAGCCAUUCCCAUAUCUGCCAAACUCCUGGGGUCCUGCCUCUUACCUCCCAAUGGAGGGUUAUUUGGGGGAGUAGUCCCCGUCUGGGGGACCCUUCCAGCCAGUACUCCAGGUCUCCCUGUCCCCUACCCUCUGCCAUUUUGAUAGUAUAAUCUAUUUUUAAACAGGGCUUUUCGAUAGGGGAGAGGGGUCAUCUCUUCCUAUAUCUGAGAUGGGGUAGGUGGGAAGGAAGGGAUGGGGGUGUAUCUUCCUGCCGCCCCCAACUGUUUAUUUUUGAUACCAAAUGUGUAUUUUCAGCUCCCUCCCUCCCAGCCCCCCAAUUUCCUGCGGGCGGGUACAAAGGACCCUUUAAGUGUCCCUGGAGUUGGGAGGGAGGAAUAGAGGGGCAUAAAGCCUGUCCCGUAUGAUUUCCAGGCUGGAAAGGGUGGGUUCAAAGGACUCCUGGCUCACCACCUGUCAGCACUGGCCCAGCCCAGGCCUGGAGACCUGGGGGUUGGUGAUUUGGGGGACGGUGCUACACCUGUCUCCACUGUUCAAUUUACUUCCCCCAAAAUGGAUCAUUUUUUUUCUAAGAGUCCCAGAGAAUAGGGAAUUGUUCCUGUAAAUAUAUAUUUUUAAAGGUGAUGCUGGAGGCUGCUAGCAUUUCUUUUCCUGAUGUUAUGAGGGCUCAGCGUGACUGGCAUUGCCGUGCAUAAAAGGUGAUGAGGGUGUGAGAUUGACUGUGAGAGAGAGUGUGUGAUUUCUGCAUCAGAAACAGUAGAGACUGCGGCUUGGUAACUGGGUGUGAAAAAGAAACUGUACAAAUCUGUGGUUGCGUGUAUCUGUGUGUGAAAUCAUGUGUGAGAGAGUAGAAGUUACAACCACAAACUUGACAUUGUGUUUGUGUGAGAAAUUCACUGUACAAACGAAUGAAUAAGAUACUAUACAAGAAACUGGUGAUGCAUGUGAAGUAAUAUUUAUGAAAAGAUAGUAGGGACUGCAUACCAGCCACUGUUUGACCAGGUGAUGGUGAACAAGACAAAUGGAGUGAUCAAAAAAAGGUGUGAGAGCCUGUCAGCUUGUCAGGGACUAUAUGUAGGCAAAAAACUUCAUGGUAUGUAAACAGGUAUCUCAGUGUUGGGAGGUGGAUUGUGUGUGAAACUGUUCAUGCAAGGCUGUUGUAUCAGUUAAAGUCAUGGGAGUAUAUGUGCAAAGUUGAUUGUAUGAGAGAAAAUGGCUGUGAGGCCAAAUGGCUGCCUGACACACAAAAUAAUGAGAAUGCAUGAUUUAUGUGUAUGAAUAUUGUUCAUGUAAGAGUAGCAAAGACUGAGAAACAAAAAAUGGCUGGGGCUGGGAGAGUAUGAGAGGCUGCAAUUGUGUUUAUACAUGCGUGUGUGCAUUUAUACCUAGAACUAGUAAGAAAUUAAUCGACAGUUACUACUGCAGUCUAGCCCACAGGUUCAAGGACUGAAAGGAAGAGAAAUGAUGGGACUGAGUGUGUCUGAAAUGGUGCAAGAGGCCCCAUAACUGUAAGGUGAUAAGAAAUAAAGUCCACGCUGUGUGAAAGAAAAUUGAGCAGUCGUGUGAGAGUGUGGGUCUGUGAAACAUUUCAUAACAGAGUAUAAAUCAGACUAUAUUUUUUGUGAAAAACAGACUGCAAGACACUGAGAGACCAUGUGAUUGGUGUAUCCAGGAAACCAGCAAAGCUAUAGUUGAGCUUGAGGCUACAUGAUAAACUAACUGAUGAAAAUGAUGGUGUAAAAUGACUAAGAUGGACCCUGAGAGACUGUGUAUAAGGCUUACUGAGAACCUAGUACAAAUUGUGUAUUAGUGAUCACAGAUGUCAGAAACUGACUGAGGGAAAAAUAUCAUAACACUGAAUGGGUGACUGAGGCAGUACCUGAGAAACUGGCUGUGUGGCUGUGUGUAAAACUCUUUGCAAAACACUUUAUUAAAGCCUAUAAAUCAAAGACUGGUAUGUUGGAAGCUGCUUGAGAAGAAAUGUGAGACUAGGUGAGUAAGACAAUGUCUGAGAUACUGUGUGAUUAUGUAUAUGUGUGAAACUUAGUUAUAAUCAAACUGGAUAUGUGAAAUGGGGCCUUGAGUAUGAAGAAGUAGGGGAGAUGGUGAUUUUGUGUGUGUGUGUGUGUGUGUGUGUGUG